AUGGCUUUGUAUCCCCUGCAAAUUGCUGGACUGGUUCUUGGAUUCUUUGGACUAGUUGGGACUCUUGCUACAACUCUACUGCCUCAGUGGAGAGUGUCUGCCUUUAUUGGCAGCAACAUUGUGAUAUUUGAAAGGAUUUGGGAAGGACUUUGGAUGAACUGUAUCCAACAAGUGCAUGUUAGGUGGCAGUGCAAAUAUUAUGGCUCUCUUUUGGCUCUCCCACCUGCCUUAGAAGCAUCCAGGGCACUGAUGUGUGUGGCAGUUGCUUUGUCCUUCAUUGCCCUGCUCAUUGGUAUUUUCAGCACGAAGCACGUCCGGUGUACUGGCUCUAAUGAGCAAGUCAAGUCUUACCUCCUGGGAGCAUCUGGAGUCCUUUUCAUCCUGACAGGUAUCAUCGUUCUCAUUCCUGUGUGCUGGACAGCCAAUCUCAUCAUCACGGACUUCUACAACCCAGCCGUUCAUGUAGGACAGAAACGGGAGCUGGGUGCUGCACUCUUCCUUGGCUGGGCAAGUUCUGCAGUUCUCAUUAUUGGAGGGGUUCUUCUCUGCAGUGUUUGUUUCUGCAAAAGAAGAAUGAGGAGGCACAGGUAUUCAUCAACAGAACACCGAGGGCAAUGCAAACCUCAGCACCAGAAAAUGAUGGCAAGUAAGACUUCUACCAGUUAUGUCUAG